CUUGUACCUGCCCUGUAGCUUCUAAAGUCGGCAUCCCCUCUCUCUCUAAUCUUCGCAUUCGCUCUCUACCCCGAAACCCUCGACCAUGGCGAGACCGAAGGAUUCGUCGGACGACGUCUCGGAUUCGUCGGAGGAAGAGCAAAUCGACGGCCAGGUCAACGAGGAGGAGGACGAGGAGGAGCUCGAGGCCGUCGCGAAGACGGCCGACUCCACCGACGACGAGAAGCCUCCGUCGCCCGGAGACGACGCCGCGGAUGAACCAGAGGAGGAGGACGGCGACGACGAAGCAGACGAGGAGGAUGAGAAGGCUGUGGAUAUUAAUGUAAUUGGAAAGCGUGAAAAGGCUCGACUAAGAGAAAUGGAGAAGUUGAAGAAGCAGAAAAUUCAAGAAAUUAUGACGGCACAAAAUGCUGCCAUUGACGCUGACAUGAACAAGAAGGGGAAGGGGCGCUUGAAGUAUCUCCUGCAGCAGACAGAAAUAUUUGCUCAUUUUGCAAAGGGUGACCAAUCUGCCUCUCAGAAGAAGUCGAAGGGAAGGGGUCGUCAUGCCUCAAAGCUAACUGAAGAGGAAGAAGAUGAAGAAUACCUUAAGGAGGAGGAAGAUGGUCUCUCUGGUUCAGGGAAUACACGGCUGCUGGUUCAACCUUCUUGUAUUCAAGGAAAGAUGAGGGAUUACCAACUUGCAGGAUUGAACUGGCUCAUACGACUAUACGAAAAUGGUAUUAAUGGAAUCCUCGCAGAUGAAAUGGGCCUUGGUAAAACAUUGCAAACAAUCUCCUUGUUGGGUUAUCUGCACGAGUUCAGAGGAAUAACUGGUCCUCACAUGGUUGUUGCUCCAAAGUCUACCCUAGGCAACUGGAUGAAUGAAAUCAAACGUUUUUGCCCAAUUCUACGUGCAGUAAAGUUUCUUGGGGGUCCUGAUGAACGAAAGCAUAUUCGGGAAAAUUUGCUGGUUGCUGGGAAGUUUGACGUAUGUGUCACCAGUUUUGAAAUGGCAAUUAAAGAGAAAUCUGCUUUGCGGCAGUUUAGUUGGCGCUAUGUUAUUAUCGAUGAAGCUCAUAGAAUCAAGAAUGAGAAUUCACUUCUUUCAAAGACAAUGAGGCUUUACAAGACUAAUUAUCGCCUCCUUAUCACCGGGACUCCACUUCAGAACAAUCUCCAUGAACUCUGGUCUCUCCUGAACUUUCUUCUACCAGAGAUAUUUAGCUCAGCGGAAACUUUCGACGAAUGGUUUCAAAUAUCUGGUGAAAAUGACCAGCAGGAGGUUGUUCAGCAACUUCACAAGGUUCUCCGGCCUUUCCUUCUUCGAAGGUUGAAGUCAGAUGUAGAGAAGGGUUUGCCUCCCAAAAAGGAAACAAUACUCAAAGUUGGUAUGUCCCAAAUGCAGAAGCAGUACUAUAAGGCCUUAUUGCAGAAAGAUCUUGAGGUUGUAAAUGCUGGUGGCGAGCGCAAGCGUCUUCUGAACAUAGCGAUGCAGCUGCGUAAAUGUUCUAAUCACCCAUAUCUUUUCCAAGGUGCUGAACCUGGCCCUCCUUAUACAACAGGAGAGCAUCUUAUUUCAAAUGCUGGUAAAAUGGUUCUUUUGGAUAAGUUGCUCCCAAAACUUAAGGAGCGCGAUUCAAGGGUCCUAAUAUUUUCACAGAUGACCAGACUGCUGGACAUUUUGGAAGACUAUUUGAUAUACCGUGGGUACCAGUAUUGUCGGAUUGAUGGGAAUACUGGUGGAGAAGACCGUGAUGCUUCAAUUGACACAUUCAAUAAGCCAGGAAGUGAGAAAUUUGUUUUCUUACUAUCAACUAGAGCUGGAGGACUCGGGAUCAAUCUUGCUACUGCAGAUGUUGUGGUUCUGUAUGAUAGCGACUGGAACCCACAAGUUGAUUUACAGGCUCAGGAUCGUGCUCAUAGGAUUGGGCAAAAGAAAGAAGUUCAAGUGUUCCGCUUUUGUACUGAGUAUACAAUUGAGGAAAAGGUGAUCGAGAGGGCUUAUAAAAAGCUUGCUCUUGAUGCUUUGGUGAUCCAACAAGGGCGAUUAGCAGAGCAAAAGACUGUUAACAAAGAUGAGCUGCUGCAAAUGGUGAGGUUUGGUGCUGAAAUGGUUUUUAGUUCCAAGGACAGCACAAUAACUGACGAGGAUAUAGAUCGGAUCAUUGCUAAAGGAGAAGAGGCAACUGCUGAGCUUGAUGCUAAGAUGAAGAAGUUCACAGAAGAUGCAAUCAAAUUCAAAAUGGAUGACACUGCUGAUCUGUAUAAUUUUGAUGAUGAGAAGGAUGAGAACAAGAUGGACUUCAAGAAAAUCGUCAGUGAUAAUUGGAUUGAACCACCGAGACGAGAGAGGAAGCGCAAUUACUCAGAAUCUGAAUAUUUCAAGCAAACAAUGCGCCAAGGUGGUCCGGCAAGACCAAGAGAGCCUCGAAUCCCUCGAAUGCCUCAGUUGCAUGAUUUUCAGUUUUUCAACACACAGAGGCUAAGUGAGCUGUACGAAAAAGAAGUGCGCUAUCUCGUGCAAACAAAUCAAAAGAACCAGUUAAAGGACACAAUAGAAGUGGACGAACCAGAAGACUUGGGAGACCCCUUGACUGCUGAAGAGCAAGAAGAAAAAGAGCAGCUAUUAGAGGAGGGUUUCUCAACUUGGAGCAGAAGAGAUUUUAAUACUUUCAUUAGGGCUUGUGAGAAGUAUGGCCGGAACGAUGUAAAAGGUAUAGCUUCUGAAAUGGAAGGGAAAUCAGAAGAGGAAGUUGAAAGAUAUGCUAAAGUUUUUAAAGAGCGAUACAAGGAGUUAAAUGAUUACGACAGGAUCAUCAAGAACAUUGAAAGAGGAGAAGCUAGAAUUUCUCGCAAGGAUGAGAUAAUGAAAGCAAUUGGGAAAAAGCUGGAUCGGUACAAGAACCCAUGGCUUGAGUUGAAAAUCCAGUAUGGUCAGAACAAAGGGAAGCUGUACAAUGAAGAAUGUGAUCGUUUCAUGAUUUGCAUGAUUCACAAGCUUGGCUACGGGAACUGGGAUGAGCUAAAGGCAGCAUUCCGUACAUCACCCUUGUUCCGUUUUGAUUGGUUUGUGAAGUCUCGAACAACUCAAGAACUUGCAAGGAGAUGUGAUACCCUCAUUAGGUUGGUGGAGAGGGAAAAUCAAGAAUUUGAUGAAAGGGAGAGGCAGGCCCGUAAAGAGAAGAAACUUGCAAAGACUGCUGAGGGCAGUCCCCCUUCAACUUUAAAGAAGCGGAAGCAAUCGACGAUGGAUGACUAUGUGAGCUCGGGGAAGAGGAGGAAUAAGUAGGAAGCUACCAUCUGUUCUUUCUGAAACCUUUGGUGCUAUGUUCAAACCCUUAACUUAUUAGUCCAAGCAAUUGUAUUUUUGGUAGUUUAAUCUCGGCUUGCCUUCAGUUAUCGAUUUGUCAGGCCGAAGAGAAGGGUAAGUAGGUGUUUAGAUCAUAGUGUAGUUUUUUUUACCCUUACAAAGAGUACAACCACUCAUAAUUCGUAUUGGCAGCUCACCUGAUGGAAUGUUAGGUGCUGGGUCUGGGUCUGCUCCAUUGUUGUGUUGUGCUAGCUGUUUAGGAAAACUCUGUUCGCAGAAUUCAUCUUGGUGUAAUUUCCUCGUUACACGUCGUAUUGUAAUUCCCAGAACAUACUGGUGGUUGGUUCUCAGUAGUUCCGUGCCCGGUUUGCCAAAGAAA